AUGACUGAUGAUAACAAACUGCCAACAGCAACAGCCAAUGGAAGAGUCAGAAACAAGCUGUUCGUCGUAUUGACACAGUUCAAGAAGUUGGGAUCAUUCAUUACUGUAUGUAAGGAGGCAUCUCGGACAAUUAAUGGUGUAGCAGAUGUUUACCAUGUUCGGCCCCUUACCCCUCUACCCACGUACUCGGGCCCGCUUACCCUUCUGCCCACGUACUCGGGCCCGCUUACCCUUCUGCCCACGUACUCGGGCCCGCUUACCCUUCUGCCCACGUACUCGGGCCCGCUUACCCUUCUGCCCGCGUACUCGGGCCCGCUUACCCUUCUGCCCGCGUACUCGGGCCCGCUUACCCUUCUGCCCGCGUACUCGGGCCCGCUUACCCUUCUGCGCGCGUACUCGGGCCCGCUUACCCUUCUGCGCGCGUACUCGGGCCCGCUUACCCUUCUGCGCGCGUACUCGGGCCCGCUUACCCUUCUGCGCGCGUACUCGGGCACGCUUACCCUUCUGCGCGCGUACUCGGGCACGCUUACCCUUCUGCGCGCGUACUCGGGCACGCUUACCCUUCUGCGCGCGUACUCGGGCACGCUUACCCUUCUGCGCGCGUACUCGGGCACGCUUACCCUUCUGCGCGCGUACUCGGGCCCGCUUACCCUUCUGCGCGCGUACUCGGGCCCGCUUACCCUUCUGCGCGCGUACUCGGGCCCGCUUACCCUUCUGCGCGCGUACUCGGGCCCGCUUACCCUUCUGCGCGCGUACUCGGGCCCGCUUACCCUUCUGCCCGCGUACUCGGGCCCGCUUACCCUUCUGCCCGCGUACUCGGGCCCGCUUACCCUUCUGCGCGCGUACUCGGGCCCGCUUACCCUUCUGCGCGCGUACUCGGGCCCGCUUACCCUUCUGCGCGCGUACUCGGGCCCGCUUACCCUUCUGCGCGCGUACUCGGGCCCGCUUACCCUUCUGCGCGCGUACUCGGGCCCGCUUACCCUUCUGCGCGCGUACUCGGGCCCGCUUACCCUUCUGCGCGCGUACUCGGGCCCGCUUACCCUUCUGCGCGCGUACUCGGGCCCGCUUACCCUUCUGCGCGCGUACUCGGGCCCGCUUACCCUUCUGCGCGCGUACUCGGGCCCGCUUACCCUUCUGCGCGCGUACUCGGGCCCGCUUACCCUUCUGCGCGCGUACUCGGGCCCGCUUACCCUUCUGCGCGCGUACUCGGGCCCGCUUACCCUUCUGCGCGCGUACUCGGGCCCGCUUACCCUUCUGCGCGCGUACUCGGGCCCGCUUACCCUUCUGCGCGCGUACUCGGGCCCGCUUACCCUUCUGCGCGCGUACUCGGGCCCGCUUACCCUUCUGCGCGCGUACUCGGGCCCGCUUACCCUUCUGCGCGCGUACUCGGGCCCGCUUACCCUUCUGCGCGCGUACUCGGGCCCGCUUACCCUUCUGCGCGCGUACUCGGGCCCGCUUACCCUUCUGCGCGCGUACUCGGGCCCGCUUACCCUUCUGCGCGCGUACUCGGGCCCGCUUACCCUUCUGCGCGCGUACUCGGGCCCGCUUACCCUUCUGCGCGCGUACUCGGGCCCGCUUACCCUUCUGCGCGCGUACUCGGGCCCGCUUACCCUUCUGCGCGCGUACUCGGGCCCGCUUACCCUUCUGCCCGCGUACUCGGGCCCGCUUACCCUUCUGCGCGCGUACUCGGGCCCGCUUACCCUUCUGCGCGCGUACUCGGGCCCGCUUACCCUUCUGCGCGCGUACUCGGGCCCGCUUACCCUUCUGCGCGCGUACUCGGGCCCGCUUACCCUUCUGCGCGCGUACUCGGGCCCGCUUACCCUUCUGCGCGCGUACUCGGGCACGCUUACCCUUCUGCGCGCGUACUCGGGCACGCUUACCCUUCUGCGCGCGUACUCGGGCACGCUUACCCUUCUGCGCGCGUACUCGGGCACGCUUACCCUUCUGCGCGCGUACUCGGGCACGCUUACCCUUCUGCGCGCGUACUCGGGCACGCUUACCCUUCUGCGCGCGUACUCGGGCCCGCUUACCCUUCUGCGCGCGUACUCGGGCCCGCUUACCCUUCUGCGCGCGUACUCGGGCCCGCUUACCCUUCUGCCCGCGUACUCGGGCCCGCUUACACUUCUCCCCCCACAAACCAACAGGAGCAUACCGUAUCAUUCACUGGUGACAGGUAGUGGCACGCAUAUCAUGAGCUCCAUUUCAUACUGUGGAAACAUCCUCGACAUGAAAUUAAUUCCACCAUCUGCCUAA